UUUUAUUGCAGAAAUGCACAUUUGCAACAUUAACAGCGGAUGUGCAAAAGUUCGUAAUCUUAUGUUUAAAGAACUGCAAUGCGCAAGACAGAGUCCAUAAGACGUACGUUAACGUACCGUGGGGGGGGUCAGUGCCAGGGGGUCAGCCUUGGGCCUAACUGAUGAGGUUUGCUGAUAGGCUGCAUGUGGGCCUGAUGGGAGAACCUCAUCAAUGAUAUCUACAGGCCCCGUCGUUUGUUUGUCACUUUUGCUUUCUAAACCUGGGUGAAAUGCCUCGGGAAGAAAACACAAAUGUGUGUGUUCCGCGCAUGUAGAAACGUGGUCUUACUAUAUGGUUGCAAUACCGUGGUCUGACGCAGGGGGGUGCGGUUCUCCUCCAGGUGCGCCUUCCUCCCUCCCGCACCUUCCCAUCCCAGCGCUGCUGAUUCUGGCUGCUCCAUCGCCUCCUCGCAGCCCACUUCUUCUUCUUCUUCGCAGGGGGAGCUGACUUGAUGCGCAUAAUAAAUCAUCUCUGCAAGAUCCCCUUUCAAGCCCAUUUUCAGACCUACGCGUGUUGGAUUCGAGAGCGUAAACACAAGCGAGAGUCAAACCUCUGAACUGGGGAUGUUUCAAAUGUGAUUCAGCACAGCAAACAACGUGGGUGUUGUGGGUUUUGUGUGUGUGGUUCUUUUUUAAAAAAAAAAAAAAAAAAAAUUUGGUAGGGAGUGGGAGAGAAGGGGAGAGCAGCGAUGUGAAACGCGUGUGUUUGUGCCUUUUGCGUUACCCGUUCUCUCUGACUGACCACCGGCUCGGUUUUUUUCACCUGUAUGAACGACCUUGCGAUUGUGAUCGAAAUUUUCCUAACAAGGUUUCCAUGGAGGAUCAAUCUUUCCCUUUUUUCCUGAGGGCUGAAUUUGGUUUCUGCUGGUCUCAAGAUAUUUCAAGAUAAGGUCAAGCUCCCCUCUCUCAGAGAACACGAGUGCCAUUUAAAAGCUUAUUGGAUGAAAGGUUCAUUUGCCCUUGGCUGCCAAAGAUGACGUUACCAUGGAAACAGCUUCUACUGUUAUCAAUCAUCGACUGUCUGGCAGAUUGUCUGGACAGUGGAUCAUACCAUGGUCCAAGAUGGAGGAUGGAGCCCGCUGAUUUGUUCAUUCCUAUCGACUCCAUAGAAGAAGAAGCUACUCUGACCUGUGAUGCCAAGGGAAUACCACCUCCUCAGUACCGAUGGUCAUUGAAUGGGACUCUCAUAAAUCUGGGCCUGGAUCGCCGGCGGCGUCUGUCUGGGGGCAACCUCAUUAUAAGCAGUCUGGACCGCUACCAGGAUGUAGGGAUGUACCAGUGUAUGGCGUACAACACUGUCGGAGGUAUCCUCAGCAGGAGAGCGAGUCUGCAGUUUGCCUACUUAGAUCAUUUCAAAGUCCACACCAGAAGUGCAGUGUCAGUCCGAGAGGGACAGGGAGUUGUUUUACUUUGUGGGACGCCCACUUCCUCAGGAGACCUUACUUAUGCAUGGGUCUUCAAUGAGUACCCAUACUUUGUUCAACAAGACAAUCGGCGUUUCGUCUCCCAGCAGACAGGAAACCUUUACAUUGCCAAGGUGGAGCCCUCUGAUGUGGGUAACUACACUUGUGUAGUGAUGAACAGCAUCACAAAGGGCAAAGUUCACAGCUCGCCCACGUCUCUGAUCCUCAGGACAGAUGGAGUGAUGGGUGAAUACGAGCCGAAAAUAGAAGUUAAUUUCCCAGACAAUGUACCCGCCGCAAAAGGAUCAACAGUUACGCUGGAGUGUUUCGCCCUUGGGAACCCUGUGCCAGAGAUCACCUGGAAGAGGGCUAACGGCAUCCCCUUCCCGAGCAAAGUCAAAAUGAAGUACUCAAAUGCCGUGCUGGAGAUUCCCAGCUUCCAGCAGGACGAUACAGGAGGAUACGAGUGUGUGGCAGAGAACAAGAUGGGGAAGAACACAGCCACCGGUCGGCUGGCCUUCUAUGCCAAGCCUCAGUGGAUCCAGGCUGUGAAGGACACGGCCCUGGCCAUAGAGGAGAGCCUAUACUGGGAGUGCCGGGCCAAUGGGAAGCCCAAGCCCUCCUACACGUGGCUGAAGAACGGCCAACAGCUAUUCUCAGGGGACAGAAUCCAUGUGGAGGACGGAGUCAUGUCAGUGUCGGUGCUGACACUAUCUGACGCUGGCAUGUACCAAUGUGUGGCUGAGAAUAAACACGGCGUCAUAUAUUUCGCUGCUGAACUAAUGGUUUUAGCCUCUCCUCCAGACUUCACAGGGAACGUCCUCAGAGCUUUGCUCAAAGCCAAGGCAGGAACUACAGUCACUUUGGAGUGUAAACCCCAGGCCUAUCCCAUUGCCAGCAUUUUAUGGAAGAAAGGGAACCUGCCUAUCCACACUAAUGACAGGAUCACACUUUCCACAGAUGGAACGCUGAGGCUUGCCAACGUGAGCAAGUCUGAUGCAGGCAGCUAUACAUGCUUUGCUCGGAAUAGAUUUGGCAUGUCGAGUACAACUGGAAGGCUCCUUGUUACCGAUCCAACCAGAAUCACCCAGGGGCCAGUUGACAUGGAGAUCAUUGUGGGCGAGAGCAUCGUGUUACCCUGUCAGGUCGCCAGUGACCCCGUCCUUGACAUUUCUUUCUCCUGGGCCUUCAAUGGACAGCUAAUCGCCAAGGGAGACGGUCACUUUGAGCUAGUGGGCGGGAGAACAGCAGGAGAUCUGAUGAUAAGGAACAUUCAGCUUUACCACGCCGGCAAAUAUAUCUGUGUGGUGGACACGGACGUGGAGAGCCUCUCAGCCGUGGCUGUAUUGAUUGUGAAAGGCCCACCGAGUCCUCCAGACUCUGUGACAGUGGAGGAAGUGACAGACAGCACAGCCCAGCUGGCCUGGAGCCCCGGCAGAGACAACGGCAGCCCCAUCACCAAUUACCUCAUCCAGACCAGGACUCCCUUCACUGUGGGUUGGCAGAGGGUUAACACAGUCCCUGAGAAAAUCGAUGGCAACACACUGACAGCCACUGUAGUGGACCUCAAUGCCUGGGUGGAGUAUGAGUUUCGGGUGUUGGCCAAAAACAGUGUUGGGGUUGGAGAACCCAGCCCUGUGUCUGUCAGGACGAGGACAGAGGAUGCAGUUCCUGAUGCAGCGCCAGGUGAUGUGGGUGGAGGAGGUGGGAGCAGAUCUGAACUGGUCAUCACAUGGGAGCCUGUCCCUGAAGAACUACAGAAUGGUGAGAGCUUUGGUUACAUCAUUGCUUUCCGCGCCUUUGGAGAAGUAAGCUGGACUCACGUGGCCACCUCCGCCCCCGGCGCAUCGCGCUAUGUGUACCGCAACGACAGCAUCGCACCCUUCUCUCCAUUUCAUGUCAAGGUUGGCACUUACAACAGCAAAGGACAGGGUCCCUUCAGUCCCGUGGUCACCAUCUACUCUGCAGAAAUAGAGCCAAGUGGGAUGCCAGCGGGAGUCUGGGCCAGAAGUGUCUCAGCCUCUGAGAUUGAGGUGAAUUGGCAGGCUCUCUCCUUCAGCCCUGAAAGGGUUCUGGGCUAUGAGGUGGUUUACUGGGAGGAUGACACUAAACCAGAGACCAUGGGGAAGGUGAGGGUGCCUUGGAACCAGACCUCAGCCACGGUGAGCGGCUUGGUGGGAAACACGCAGUAUUUCCUAACGGUCAGUGCUUUCAACACAGCGGGCACCGGCCCCUUCCUCCCUGCAAUCAACGUCACCACAAAAAAGCCACCACCAGCCCAGCCACCACUGAAUGUUGAAUGGACCCUAAUCGGCUCUCAUCUGUCUCUUUACUGGGAACCAGUGGUGGCAAUGGAAUCAGAGUCAGAAGUUACAGGCUACCAACUGUCAUAUAGGAGACAGAGACACAAAGAGGUAACCACUCUCACAACAGCCAAUUCAACUGCAGAGCUGACCCUCCCGGAGGUGGAGGACGACUACAUAAUCCACAUUCAGACGCUGAGUGAAGGAGGGCUGGGCCCGGCCUCGGAUCCCAUACGAAUCCACCAACUAAGUAUGAGUGCCCGCGGCUCAAGAGCCUGGCGUUCGGACAUCUCCCCCCUCUUCCUGCUCCUCGCCAUCGCAAUUUCAACAUUCAGGUCAACGUCGUGACACAGUGACAGCCUCUGCUCUGUUGUUCAACUUUCUUAUAGGUGUUUUUUUCCUUUAAUUGGUGAAAGUUGCAGAGUUUCUCUCUCUCUCUCCGUGUCUCUCAUUUUUGGAGGUUACCACAUACUUUUUUGCAGUGUUAGUUUGCGGGUAUAAGGCAGCAAGGGAAUGGAGUGUGCUGUCAGACAAUUAACAGUAAAUUCU